GCUUGCCUUUUAUUUGUAAGUACCUACCUACCCAUCAUGAGAUAUUUUAGACACACAACAGUUUUUGUUUAAUAAAAACUUUAGCAGGAAAACCCUAUAAAUAGGUGUCUCUUGUUUACUCUAGAUCAUUAAACGGGUAUCCUUACAGGACGAAACAUGAAGACUAUAAUAUUAAUGGUAGUAUUCGUAAAUGUACUUUGUGUUUUUGGAAAAGAGGAAGCUAUAUAUUCAGUUUCUGGGGGAAAAUUGGUUGAUUUGAUCAGAGCAAGAGUCCCGGAGAAUGGAACCCUGACGUUGGCUAAAGUUGAAGGAGACACAGACCAGCUGCCCGAUGGGAUAUACUUCAAGCCUGAGGACGACCUUGAUGUGCCAGAGACUUUGACCGUCAAAAAAUUAGAGGAUCAGGAACAGUCUGAACCUGUGAGACUGAACAGGCAAAGACGUCACUUGCACAAGAAGCUGUUCGGCUUCGGCCACGGCGGCUAUGGAGGCGGCGGCGGCUGCUACGACUGCGGCGGCGGGUACCAACAACCCUCUAAGACGAUCGUCGUGCAAGUAGUGAAAGGAGGUUACGGAGGUCACCACGGUGGCGGCGGACCGGGUUAUGGUGGUGGCUAUGGAGGUGGCGGCGGCGGCGGGUUCGGCUACGGAGGGGGCGGCGGAUAUGGGGGCGGCGGGGGCGGUGGCGGCGGCGGAGGCGGGUACGGUGGCGGGGGUGGAUACGGGGGCGGCGGCGGAGUGCCGUACGGUGGCGGCGGCUGCGGAGGAUCCUGUGGGGGCGGUGGACAUUACGGUGGGGGCAGCUCGGCCACAGCCACUGCUACUGCCACUGCCACUGCGUCUGCCAACUCUUACGGGUACGGAAAGAAACGCUAAUCUGACUUUUGUGGUUUCCAAAUUAUGUCUGUGUGAAGUGCCUUCAACGAUUGACUGUGAUGGUGAAAUGCUGGACACCAAAAUAGCUUAAAGUACAAAUUAGUUUACAGCUGGUUCCACAGUCACACUUCUAGAAUGUAAAAAUAUAACUAAAUAUAUAAAAGAUAGAGUAUAUAUAAAAGAGGUAUAAUAGGAAGAUAUUAAUAAACGAAUAAAACGAAGAAAAAAUAAAUAUUAAAAAAAAUAUAUAUCAAUUAACAUAUCAUUGUGGAAUCAGCUGUAAAAAAUUAACGAUGCUAGUAAUGACUCCCUGUUUUAUAAUAAAAUAAACGAGUUCUUUUUUUAUUAAA